UCUGCUUAGUCGCGGUUUGCGAGGGGAAUUUACAUUCAUAGAAAGCUUGCCAAUAGGGUGCUGCAAAGCCGAACAGAUCGCAGUACGUGCCUCGUGGGAAGGGACGGUGUCAUUGUAUUUGAUCCCGUGUGCGUCCCACAGAGUGCUUGGAAGCAGCGCGUAGGACUGGAUGCGUCUGUGCUCCAGCCUAUCCAUGUCUUUUGUGCCACCAGUUGAGCUGUCUUUGCGCGAUAUUUGUCAUUUUUAAUCAUGUGUUUGAAAAAUGCCAAGUUGUUUUGCGAAUGUUUCACCGUUCAGGACUCUUUGCCUUUCUGCUGAUGGUGCUGGAGUGGACCCAUCCAGGCCUGUCCUUCCCAUUACGCCCCAUCUGCGACCUGCGCGUCGUAGACCAUUUCAUUAAGGAGGCAUGGGAUGCGGAGGCUGCUUUGAGAGCUUGUAAGGAUGCCUGCAGCAUUGCAACAAACUUCACUGUUCCUCUAACCAGAGUAGAUUUUGACGUCUGGGCAGCGAUGAAUAUAGAGGAGCAAGCUCAAGAGGUCCAGUCAGGCAUACAUGUGCUGAAUGACGCCAUCAGCUCACUACAGGCAUCUAAUCAGACUGAUGUGCUACAGUCCCACAUAGAUGCCAGUAUUAACAACAUUGCCAGCAUCAGACAAGUGCUGCGAAGUCUCAGCAUACCGGAAUAUGUACCUCCAACCAAUGUUGGAGAAGACAAAGAGAUGCAGAAAGUAUCCUCGAUCUCCGAGCUGUUUCAGGUCCACAUCAACUUCCUGCGUGGAAAAGUGCGUCUUCUGGUUGCCAAUGCACCUGUCUGCCAUCAAGGUGUCAGCUGAUAGACAAUUCUGGGCAAGGCCCAAACUAAUUGGAGCUCCUCAUAUCAGGAGGCAGGAUAUGGGCUAUUACAAAGGAUAUGUGGCCAAGUUUGAAUGACUGGGAGUUAUAGCACUUUCAAAGAUUUAAUCACAAAGGGAAAAGAAGACAUCCCCUCAGAAUACUAAGCACCCUACUCUCUGUGUGUGUUGAGCAUUUGCAAACUCAUCUGCGUUACCUGCCAAAAUCAUCAAGAUGCAAUCAUAAAACUCAAGAAAUCACUCCUCUUACCCCAUAUGACUGAUGGCACUUGCUCAACUCAACUAUUAAGGUUUAUCUGAGAUUCUUAAAAAUGGUUUUGUACUGCUUAUGAAAUUUGUCAUUAUUUAUAUAGAUGAUAUAUUUCUUAGAGCUGGAAUCACUGGCUUUUGCAGAUUCUUUUCUGAAGCUGUUCAAGUGAAGACCUCUCUUCAGUCUCAAGCACCUCCAAACAUUGAAAUGUUGAUAGAGAAAACUAUUUAUCAAUAUUAAUUAUGCACUGUAGGUUUUAUAUUCAUUUCAGUGUUAAGUGUGUGUCUGUAUGUGUGCGACUUUUGUGAAUGCUGCAGGGACCGUUUCAAGCAACAGUGGAGGAAGGUUGUAAUGCUGGAUUCUUACGGGUCAGUUGGGGUGAACAGGAAGCAGGACUAGAUUGCUGCUUGUGUCGGGGGAAUUGGAAGCUUUCGUGAGACCUGAUGAGGCUGUGCUGGCUCAUGUCUGAAUUACGCGGUCUUAUGCAGAUAACGCCGCUGCCAGGAAAAAUAUUGAUUAGUGUGUGUUUGACGAACAUCCUGGCCUGCUUCCACUUCACGCACGAUGCUGCAUAUUUGCCUAUGGGAAAUGAAUGUAAGGUUGACAUAUUUUUUCUCUUUUUUUUUUUGUAUAUCUUGUUUGUGUUUUUCGUUAAUAGCCAGUUUUUUUUUUUUUCUGUCAAUCAGUUUCUGUCUAGAUGCAACAAAGUAUAUUUGUCGAUGUUUUUUUUCCUGUUAUUUUGCUGUUGUGUGGUUCUUUCAUCACAUUGUUGUUUGGUACUCAAAUACAAAGUAUUAUUAUUAUUAUUAUUAGGUAAAAAAUAGAACUGUAAAAACAAGGAGACAGGAAGUUUUUAUUUUUGUCUUAUGAAGCAUCUCUGCUGAGAAUGUCAAUACACUGCUCGCAAUUCUGUAAAUACAUGUGUUUCCAAU